CUCCUCGAGUCCCGCCUCACGCUCGGCGCCCGUCUCGCAGCCUCUCUCCGGCGCGCGCCUACCGCAUCGAGCACUCGUCGCACCCACAGCAGCCGGCGCCAUGUCUCGCGGCGGCCGCGGCGGCGGGCGUGGCGGGCGCGGCGGCAAGGCAAACCAGAACCUGCCGAGCAUGGGCGCCAUCACCUUUGGCGACCUGGGUGCGAUGAGCAAGGAGCAGAACGCGCUGUAUCCGCCCAUCGAGAAGAUGCCGAGGAUCGUGGCGCCGAGCGAGCGCGAGCGGGCGGCGGCGCAGCACCAGCUCGAGAUGCUCGCCAGCAUGAAGACUAGCCCGUACUGGCCGCGCGAGGACGAGAAGAAGACUGGCGUCGAGCUGCCGCGCUACUCAGACCGCUACCGGCCCGAGGAGCAGAGCACACCGAGCCUCAACAGCGUGCGCCUGCAGAAGGAGAUGUUCCCUGCGGCCGUGUGGAAGAGCUACAUGGAGGGCGAGGAGCGACGAGAGAAGGCCAAGGCCGCAAGCCGCAGAAAAGGGCGUACGGUGUUGGACUGGGACAAUCUGGAGAAGGGCGGCGCGCAGGGCGACGACGGCAACUCGGCCGACGGCUCCAACGCCUCCGAGGCCGGCGAGCUGCACGACUACGAGGACGACGAGGACGACGACUACGCCGAGAACUACUUUGACAACGGCGAGGAUGCAGAGGAGGACGUAGGCGGCGGCGGCGGCGAGGGCGGAGAGUACGAAUGAGCAAGGCAUCUUGUAACAAUACUUGCCGGAGCCCGC